GACUGCAAACACAUUCUCUGAAGAACCACAGCAGGGAUCAUUUAUAGCCUCUGAUUGAUCUAUGGACUAUCUUCAGUCGCUCAUUUGAGAUUUAUUCUUCACUUUGUAAUCACAAGAAAUGCCCCUCUAGGGCAGCUAUUGGAUGACACUUAGAGUAUUGAAGGAUGCGUUGAGGAUGGUGAAGACGAUUGGAAGUUGAAGUCUUGACCUCAAGCUUGUAUUGACAGCGCGUGCUUCUGUGUGGCAGAAGCCAAAACCCCAGCUGCUUAAAUCUAAUAACUGAGCGUGCCUCGGCUUGCUGCUUGUUCACCAGAGGGCUUAUUAAUUCUCACCACUGAUUUGUCCUGUGUUAUGUCUCCUGGAACAGUUUUUUUUCCCCUGCGGCUGGUAGGAAAAUUGUGGGUUGAGUGUAAUUAGUUGACAUCUGCCAGCUGUCACUAUGUGACCUCUCUCUGAGUUAAGAAAUCAUACUCAAUAACAAAGAGCCAUGCAAAAUAUCUUCUGAUUGCUUAAUACAAUUUACCCCAGAAAACAUUUACGCUUCAAAAUAUCCUUUUAUUCCAACAUGAGCGACACAAACUACUGGGUGGUGGACUAUGAGCUCUCCUCUCCUGCUCCACCCGGGUUCCCCCGGGGUCCGACGGUGCUGCAGCCCAUGACAGGGCACCCCGAGCAGGGAACGGCCCUUUGCUUCGUCGGCCUCCUUGUGCUGCUGCUGCUCUUUCUCGUUGUUCGCUGCGUCCGGAUCUUGUUGGAUCCCUACAGCAGCAUGCCGGCAUCGUCGUGGACGGACCACAAGGAGGGUCUGGACAGAGGACAGUUUGAUUAUGCGCUGGUGUGAAGACGAGAUCAGGAGAUGAAAAUGAUGGGUGAAUGAAUGGUUCUUUGUAGGGACUUGAUGAUGGUUUUGUAUGUUCUGUUCAAAGAUUCCUUUUCCGAAGUUUGAGAUAAUCAAAAAUGAAAGAAACUGCUGUUUUUUUUUUUUACAGUAUGUUCGGUUGAGGUA